UCCCUUCGCGUAAGUCCUGAUAUCGUGCUGUUGCCCCGUUUGCUCAGGUUCCUCUCGCCGCCAAUUGAGUGCUCCAGGAUGGCGUUGGCGUGGCUGCGCCCCAAUCUGAUGGAGGUGGCCGUCUGGUGUCAGGGCAUCGUGUCACUGAUGAUGGGUUCUGUAACUGUGAGAGUGAUUAGUGGCCACGGAUCUGAGCUCAACCCUCUAUUUAUCAACGCCUUCAAGUACUUCAGGACCUUGGUGGUAGCCGUCGUGGUGCUCGUGUGUAUCUGCAAGAAUCACCAGCGCCGGGCCUCCAAGGAUCCGCUUUACAUCGUCGCUUCUGACGCCAUGUUCUUCGGUCAGCAACUCAUCUUCUGCGGGGACUUGACGAUUAUCAUCGGGCCGGACGUGUUGAAGGGAGUGGCACCAGAACUCGACAACUUCUGUCUACUCGUUUUCGUUCUCCACGCGGUUGUGACCGUGAUGUUCAUAUGGGGCGCGAUAAUGCUCAGUGAGGAGAGAAGGGCCCUUGUCGCCUGGCUCGACGCGGAGGCGAAAGAUGUUUAA